AUGGAAUUAAAAUAUACUGAUAAUGAUAUUAAUGGAACCACAAAUAAUAAUGAACCUGUUGAUGAAGAAGAACAAGCGGUUAUGAAUGAGACUGGAUUGAUUGGUGAAUUUAAAAGAGCGGUUUAUGAUUUAGAGACCAGAUCAAAUGAAUUACUUAACAAAAUAUUAAACUGAUUAAUAUAUAAUACUAAUUGAUGGAAAAAGAAAGUAUAGAUGUACAUCAUUGAGCAUCCUUACAUGUGUUGUCUAUUAUUAAGCAUACUUACUCUUAUGGCAUCCUUACCAUAUAUUUUGCAUCCUGAAUAUUUAUUUUGCAACCAAAUUUCUGAAACACGCACGUACAAAAUUUAUUAUCGAUUGCUUUUAUACUAUGGGCCAGACAAGUUCAGAACCAACUAAAGAUACUGCUCAACUAACUAAUGAUGAAGUGUAUAAGUUGUUUUAUACUAGAUGUAUUCUACUAUUAAAACCAAUUGAGUUAACAUUUUUAAAAGAUAAGAUUAAUGAUAAAGAACAAUCGUCAUUUAAACCACUUGAAUUUGCAAAAUUAUUAAGAAUUAUACCAGAGACACAUGUUGAUUCAAUAUUGAAUAAGGAUUUGGAAAGUUCAAUUGAGUUAUUGUUUAAGGUUGCUAAAGUUAUCGGCUCAUUUCCAUUUUUGAAAGUUCCAAAUCAUGAGGAUUUACAAUUUGAGGAGUUGGUUAUAUUUUUAAUUAUAAUGAGUGGUCGAUAUAAGGUUAUGUUCAAACAAGAGAUUAAUUAUUUAAGAUUAUUAUUUAUUACUUUAAGUUAUUCAACUCUGGAAAUAGAAGAAAACAAGACUAACGCAGAUUCGGAAAAUGAUAAAGAAAGCAAGAUUACAACCACCUCAAACCUCGAAAAUGAGAAACAAGAGAUUGUAUCUUCGUCUGUUGAAGUUAAAUUUAAAAUACCAGUAGAAAAAGAUGAUAAUUUAGAAAUUCAAUGUCGAAAAAUUGAUUGGUAUGAUGUUUAUGAAAGAUUUGUAAGUAAUAUUCAAGUUGACAAUGUAACUAUCAAUGCUAAAUUAUUGCAAAACUUACUAUGUUUAUUUUUAAUCAUCAACUCGGUACCCAAACAGACCCACGAUCAGAAAGUAUUUCAUGAUAGAAUCAAUAAAUGGGAUGAAUUUGAGCCAUAUUCAAGUUACAUUUUAAAAUACUUGAAUGUCAAUCUACCGUUAAAAAAUUUAGAAACUGAAUCAACUAACUAUGAAGAGUUCGAACAAGGCAUGAAUAACUUACUACCUCAAUUUUUCCAACAAAAUUUCAGCAAAUUGAUUAGUUUUAGUUUCAUGCAGAAUAUUAAACCAAAGUCAAUAAUCUCGGAAUCAUUUCAAGAAUCUAGAUUAGUCAAUAUAGCUUUCAUAUCAUACUUAUCUUCAAUUUCCAAAGGUUUAAACAUACAAGUCGAAAUCAGUGAAUCUAAUUUAGUUAAAUUAUUCAGUGGAAGUGAAACUGGAUUCUCAAUUCGAACAUUAGAAACCAAAAUUUUCAAAUGGCAAGCUCCUACUUUAUUUAUCGUUUCAGGAAAACGAAUCAAAAGUAAAACAUUAUCAAAUAGACGAUAUAUUGACUUUGAUGAAUCAUAUCCACGUUUCUUCAAAUCAUCAGAAUUAAGACCAUGGCAGAAUGAAAAGGAUAGAAUUACAUAUGCUGUGUUUGUGAAUUCACCAUGGAAGAAUUCAAAUAAAUAUAAUUUUGGAGAUGAAAAAACAACAAUAAUACAAAUUCAACCAAGAGCUGAUGUUUAUACUUCUAUACAUAGUGAUGUAUUAAAAGGAGAACUGAUCUAUUUUAAUAAUUUAGGAAUGGGAUUGGGAUUUGGGAACGAUCAACCAUUGAAUAAAAAUAAAGUUAAGAAAUACCAUCCUGGUGAUGUAUCACUUACAAUUGAAUCAAAUUUGGAAUUUGCUAUAUUUAGACACUUGGUAAACAAUAAUGAAUUGAGCUACUUUAACAGAUGUAAGAUAUUAAAUGAAGAUUUCGAAGAUAGAUUUACCAUCACUGAUUUAGAAGUAUUUGGACUUGGAACAACUAAAGAAUUAGAAGAACAAAAGAAACAAUGGGAAUGGGAAGAGAAACAAGCUGAAGCUAGACAAAAUGUAAAUAUGAGAUCACUUGGUGAAGAAAGAGCAUUUUUGGAAAUGGUUGGUUUAGUUGGGAAAAAUAAUGCAGGUGGGUCAAUGUAA